AUGUACAAUGCAUCAGGAUCUUCAGGAUUUACCGGUGGAAAAGGACGACGACCUACUGCUUCAAACUCUGAUUAUGCAGUAUCAUCCGGACAGUUGCAAUCUCGUUAUGUGGUACGUAAGAUUUCCGGUAUGCUCGGUGGCCUACAUGAAAUUGGUGAGACUAGUAAAAGCAAUGAAAAUUUUAAAGAUUUAGCAAGGAAAGGAUGCUAUGAUGGUCGAAGGUUUAGUGAUGACUGUCAUUAUUCGUUGUGUGUUAGGACGUUGGACCGGAAUGAAGUGCGAUGCAAUGGGUGUAGUCAUGUAUCUGACAAUGGAGCAUUUUGUGAAAUAUGCACUGCAUAUUCAUUGGUUAAUGGUACUCACCUGAAAUUUGCCGAUCAGAUGGUGCUUUUUGAUUCGGGUACACUUCAUUCGCUUACAGUAACAGAUUGCAGUAUACUUUCACCGAAUGAAACGGUAAUCGAGAAAUUUUGUCGAAUAUGUCACAGUUUUGGUAGUUCUGAGGAUCCGCUCAUUUCCCCGUGUCGUUGUACCGGUUCCCUGAAGUACGUCCAUAUAUCAUGUCUCCUACACUGGUUGACAAUUUGUGCUCAUAAAUUGAAGCGUCCAGCAAUAUGUGAACUUUGUCUUUACAAAUACCGCCUACGAAAUAUCAUUGAUUGGCAAAAUUUACGUUUACCAUCGAUUUCAAGAUAUGAUUUACGUUAUCUGAUAGUGUUUAUCAUAGCUGCAACGCUAAUGUUCUUAACUUCAAUUACAUCACUGAUUUGUUUUUGCAUUGAAAAGAAUUUAGAAAGAAACAAUAAUACGAUGCAGGAUAAUCCUGAAACAAUUACGAAAGGAAAUUAUGGCAAAUGGGAAACUUUAUUCAACUCAUACACUUUUCUUCCUGCAUUUCUCUUCUUGCUAUCAAUUUUUGUUGCAAUUUAUGCUCAUUUUAAGACAAACACUAGUUUAAUAAGAUAUUUAUAUCGUUUGUGGAUUAAUAAUCAAAAUUGGAUAAUAGAAGAAUAUCGACCAAGCCGUGAUCAACGUUACUGUCAUAAAAUGGAAGAACUUCGAAGACGGUUGAAUGAUGAAGUUACACAGAAUUAUGGAACUGAAGGAGGAGCAUCCGGAGAAGUAGUAUGUUCGAGAGGAGGAGCAAAAGGAAGAAAAGCCGGGAAUUCGACACCGUCACCGAGAGAUGUCUUGCUGCGAUCGUCAUCACUGCUGUCGUCACCUGCCGGAUUCAAUUCGGCGAUCGUCCAAGGCACCAGCAUCGAUACUAUCACUAGCAAUGUUCCCAGAUACAUCAUAUCAGCAACUGUCGCAACUCCUGCCACUGUUUGA